CUCUAUUUUAAUAUAUAGUAUAUUUAUAUAUUUCUUUUUCUUUGUGAACAAUCUCUAAAAUGAGAGCUUCAAAUCCCAUCGUUAUUUCUGUACUGCUUUUCAGUACUCUUCUUGCUCUUCAGGUUGUCAAUGGAGCUUUGGUCAAUAAUUUCUAUAGGAGAACCUGCCCUUUAGCUGAGAGAAUCAUUCAAGACGUUACCUUCCGUCUCGUUCGAUCGAAUCCUGGCCUCGGUGCACAGCUCCUUAGACUUCAAUUUCAUGAUUGUUUCGUUCGGGGGUGUGAUGCAUCAAUUCUAUUAGAUACGGUUGGAACAAACCCAUCGGAAAAGGAAGCAAGGCCGAACCUAUCACUAUUAGGGUUUGACGCCAUUGACCAAAUCAAGUCCGAGGUUGAGAGAGUAUGUAGUGGAGUUGUUUCAUGUGCUGAUAUUCUUGCUCUUGCUACCCGCGAUGCAGUUUCCUUUCCUUUCAAAAAUCGACCCCGCUGGCCAGUCUUAACAGGAAGAAGAGACGGGACAAUUUCACGAUCAUCAGAUGUUACCGGCAAUAUCCCAUCGCCGUUCUCCGGCUUUGACACUCUUAAGCAAAUCUUCGAGAAGAAAGGGCUAACCGUUAGCGAUCUGGUGAUUUUAUCAGGUGGUCACACAAUUGGAGUAGCUCAUUGUGGCACUUUCUCAAGGAGGUUAUACAACUUCACAGGCAAAGGAGAUGCAGAUCCUUCCUUAGAUCCAAAAUAUGCAAAUUUUCUUAGAACAAAAUGUCCAAAUCCAGCUGAUCCUUCCAUCACAGUUGAAAUGGAUCCAAGAAGUUCUGCUUCUUUCGACUCCAACUAUUUCAAAAUUCUCACACAAAAUAAGGGUUUGUUUCAAUCCGACGCCGCACUUCUCAACAACACUUCUUCGUCCCGACUCGUCAGGUCGUUGCAGAAUCCAAGGUUUUUCUCUUCUAGCUUUGCUAGAUCCAUGUUGAAGAUGGCAGCCAUUGAAGUCCUCACUGGAAAUAAUAAUGGUGAAAUUAGGAAACGAUGCCGUUUUGUUAAUUAAAAAUAAUUGUAUUUUAGUAUAUGCAUGGUGAAUGCAUGGCAUUUUAAUUAAUUAACUUAAUUAUAUGUGUGUUUUGUGUUUUGUGAUAAUUAAACUUGAUUUGCUGAUUUGUUUAAUUUGUAUAUUUUGGUUUUAUAUGUAAUUUGUACUUGGUAGUGAAGAAGCUACCUAUUUAUUUUUAUUUAUAUGUGCAUGAAAAAGUGUUGCUUAAUAUAUGAUACAAAUAUAUAACACCACUGUAUUCGUCUCUUUCUAUUUUUCAAUCCCUUGUCCAUCUA